AGUGUGAAGGAGGACGGAAGGGAGGGGAAGGAGGACAGAGGCAUGGGAAACAGCCAUGAUUAUACCUAGAAGUCAGAAUGGACAGACCUAGGCACUCCGGAGAUGCAAGAGGUGGUCUAGUGAGAAGUUUGGAAACUGCCCAAGUACCCAGAUUGGAGACAAAAGACCAGUUUGCACUGCUACAGCCUGUUCUUUGGAAUUUAUUGGCAAAUCCCUGGGAUCAGUUGCCAGUAGAGUUCCAAGCAGGGAUCUGUGGCGAAAAGGGGAGGUUGGAAGGUGAAGCGGCAGUUCCUCUGCCCACAGGGAGAUCCACGGGUGACAUGACUUCACAGCAGACCCAGAACUGAGGCCCCAGGAUGACAGAACCUGAGACCCUGGCCCUGCUGGAAGUGAAGGGGCCAGAGGCCCUGGAGAAGAACCCACCCCCGGUCUUGGUCGCCAAUGGCCAGCAGCCAGAAGGGGAAGGUGGGGCCGAGCCCUUGGGAGCUGAGCCCUCCAGAGUGGGGUCUACAUCUGGGUCUCCCACAGCUGGAAAGGGGGCUGAGGAUGGUCUAGACAGCACAGUAAGCGAGGCUGCCACCUUGCCCUGGGGGACUGGCCCCCAGCCCAGUGCCCCAUUCCCAGAUCCCCCUGGAUGGCGGGACGUUGAGCCUGAGCCCCUCAGGGCAGGGCCGCCCACCAAGCUUGAAGAGUUGCCUGAAGACGAUGCCAACCUGCUGCCUGAGAAAGCGAUGAGGGCCUUCGUGCCCAUCGACCUACAGUGCAUUGAGCGGCGGCCACAGGAGAACCUGGCUGUGCGUUGUGAAGCAGGUGGGUCUGAGCGCCAGCGCCGCCGGAUCUGCCUGCCCACUCGGGCCACCCACCCUGAGCCCCCUGAGUGCAAGUGGGCCGAGGCAGUGGUGAAGCCGCCUAGUCGCGUCUGUGGGGGCUGCGGGAGCUGCGGAGGCCGAGAGGUGCUGAGGGCCGUGGCCUCGGUGGGAGCCGCCCUCAUCCUCUUCCCCUGCCUGCUGUAUGGAGCGUAUGCCUUCCUGCCCUUCGAUGCCCCACGGCUGCCUACCAUGAGUUCCCGCCUCGUGUACACCCUGCGCUGCGGGGUCUUUGCCACCUUCCCCAUCAUACUGGGGUUGCUGGUGUACGGGCUGAGCCUGUUGUGCUUUUCUGCCCUACGGCCCUUUGGGGAGCCACGGCGGGAGGUGGAGAUCCACCGGAGAUAUGUGGCCCAGUCAGUCCAGCUCUUCAUCCUCUACUUCUUCAAUCUGGCUGUGCUCUCCACCUACCUGCCCCAAGAGACCCUCAAACUGCUCCCUCUGCUCACUGGUCUCUUUGCCAUCUCCCGGCUGAUAUACUGGCUGACCUUCGCCGUGGGCCGCUCAUUCCGAGGCUUCGGCUAUGGUCUAACAUUCCUGCCCCUGCUGUCCAUGCUGGUGUGGAACCUCUACUACAUGUUCGUGGUGGAGCCUGAGCGCAUGCUCACUGCAGAGAGCCGCCUGGACUACCCCGACCACGCCCGCUCCGCCUCGGACUACAGGCCCCGCCCAUGGGGCUGAGCCGCUCUGCCCACUUGCCCUGAGCCCUGGGGCCUUGGUGGGGAAAGCCCUGCUACUGGCUCGACAGGGGUCCCAUCCAAUCAGUGCCUGGACUGUCCCUUGCUCUUCCCCCAGUUGGCUCUGCCCUUCACCUCUGGAGGCAUGGGACAGUCAUGGGGUAGGGACUUAGAUCAUUUUCUUGUAGGGAAAGAGAUGGACCGCCAGGUCCCUUAAGGACCCUGAGGGCGCAGGGCCAGAACCAGAGGCACGGCUCCUCCCUGAGCAGCCUCCCAUGGCUGCCACUAGGGCCCACCAGGGCCAGACUCUGCUCCUCUCAUCAACCUCCUGUAAGGCAGCAGUAGAGCCAUAGCCCCAAAGGACCAUUUCUGUGCCAGCUGUCUAAGCAGAGGGCCUCAAGGAAACUGGAAAUACUGCCCUUGCCUAAAGGCUGGGCAUCAGCUCAGAAAGGACUUCCACACUUGGUGAAAACCUUCCUGGGGCUUUGGGUUGAGGACCGUAUGACUGGGCCCUCAUAGGCCCUUUAGCUUCUGCCAAAACGAUUCCAGUUGCCCCAGCCAGCAAUGCUGCCUCCUCCCUGCCAACCCAUUCAGGCUCCUGUCAUUUCCCACCUCCGAACUGCCCAGUAGUAGGGCCUCUCCCAUAGGAAGAGGGAACCUGCCUCCCAAGAAGGGUGUGUGCUUGUGUGCUGGGGGGCAGGUGGAAGGCACAGUGGCUGACGCCAACCCCGUGUGAAUGUGUGAAUGUGCGUAUGUGUAUAACAAUAAACGACUUCCAGUCUUCUUGGCUCUUUC